GGGGCGUUCUCGGUUAAAAGAAUCAAAGCGCCCGAUGCCAUGGACUCUGCUUACAGCUGGCAGUGUCAGCAGCUUUCGUCGCCUCCGCAUCCCCGGCUGCUGCGGCACUUUAGGGACUUCGAGCACAGCCCCUCGCCGGUGCUGGCGCUCGGGAGCGGCUCAAAAGCCGCGGGGGCCGCUGGCGGGCCGAUCCGAGAUGGGGACCUGGUGGCGCUCUGCUUGACAGUCCGAUGCCUUCAGCGCACCGGCGCGCUGCCGUUGCUGCGCCUGGAUUUGUGCGGGGAGCUCAUCACCUGCGAGGGCGCGCGCACCAUCGCGGCUGUGCUGCAGGUGAGCCCGGCGCUGGCGUCUUUGGCGCUGCGCCGCACCCACGUGGCGGACGCCGGCGCCGCCGCCAUCGCCGCGGCGCUCAGCAGCUCGCAGCUGCUGGAGCUGGACCUCGGGGAGUGCGCCGUCAGUGAUGCCGGCUUGAGAUAUUUGGUCAGAGGUCCAAAGGUGCACGGGGCGCCGCCCCGGCUGGCCUCGCUGCUGCUGGAUGGGAACGCCACCAGUGACGAGGGGGCCAUUGAGGUCAUCUCCUUCAUAGAAGGAGGCGCCUCGGCGAUCUCUUGCGUCUCGGUGCAUCCAGCGCCCCCCAGAUUUCUAUCACAGGAGGUGGAGGCAGCGCUGCAGGUGGCUUGCGAGCUGGCAGGGGUGCAGCUAGAGCGCAAGGGCCAGGUCAUGAGCCUGGAGACCUUGGCCAGCCGAUGUGGCCAGCCGCAGCGGCGGUUGGACCAGCAAAGUUUGAUGGCUGCUCGGCCUACUGCACCCACUGCUCUGGCGGUGCCAUCUGCACCGGGUACGCCCGGCACUCCGUCACGUGCGCGGAAGCAGGUGCCAGACGUGCGGAGCAGCGGUCACCUGGCGUCCUGGAUGGCUGGCACGGAGCGGGAGCUGCGGGAGAUGAAGUGGCUCCUCAGCUCCAGCACGGCGCGCCUGGAUGGCCAACACCGGAAGCUGAUGUCGGAGCUGGAGAAGCUGAGGACGCAGCUGGACUCCUGGGGUCAGAGCUCCGCCGAGCUCGAGGAGCCCCGCCUGGACCUGCUGGAGGCCCGUUUCGAUGCGCUGGAGCAGCUGGUGGGCCGGGAGCAGUCGGAGUGUGCGCAGAUGUGGCAGCUGGUGGAAGUCGCCGCGAGCGCCGGGAAUUCCCGGGGCGCCUGAGGCGGCGGCGAGCGGCCGGCGGCCGGCUCUGUCAGCGAGUGGUGAGUGAUGUCAGGGAAUGGAGGAUUAAGCCCGACGAAGGAUUCAAGAAACUCAUGGCAGACGAAGGCAAACACACAUGUGCUAUCUGCCGCCUCUAUUGAAAUAUGAUCUCCGGUGAGUGCCUUGUGGUUGUCAUGU